UGAGCGCGAGUCUGAGCGCGUUCACGCGGUCAGGAAGAGCCGCGCAGAGAGUCAGAUAACACGGGCUGUAACUGUUCAUGAAUGGAGCCUGACUCACAGGCGGCUGGAUAUUGACGAUAAACGAGUCUUGAGAGCUGGCGACUGGCCGAAGGGGGUUUUCCUGUUGAAAGGUUUCGUUAGUAGCGCAAGGGUGAGGUGAUGCCUUUAAAUGUCACGGUUUUACUGUUAGCCCUUUAGCCAUGCGGAUAUGCUGUGACUAAAAACAAGGACUUCAACUCACUAACAGCAACUGCAGACACUCAUAUAUAGAGGGAGUUAAAGAUUGUGCUGAGAUGCCACAGAAACCAGACUCGCCCAGACAGUAUCAGACUAGACACACUUGAGCAGACAGGUGGCGGUCUCUACACAACACCCGGCUGGACCUCUAAUCAUAUAUUAGGAGGAUUUGAUUGUUACGUUAAACACAAGCGACUCUAACGCAGGCACAACCAGGAGCAUCUUAUAUAAGCGAGGAAGCUCUGCUGCAUCAGAAGUGUCGUCCGUCCUCACUCAUUCACAUUCUGGUGGUUCGACCCGCUCCUGUCCUGCCUGACCGGUGGUGGUGUGGGCCAGACAGCAGGCACUGCCAUGCUCCAGGCGUAAGUGCGUGUCUCCUGGCAGACUCCGGUGUGGUGGGCUGCCGGUUGGCGACUGGGUGCAGGAGGUGAUGAAGCUGAAGCAGCGUGUGGUGGUGCUGUGCGCUGUGCUCUUUCUCCUCGGCCUGGCCAAGGUCUUCCUGCUGGAUGGAGGGGAGGGAUCAGCCACCAGCCGCCGUGACCUCCGGGCCUUCCGCAAAAUGGAGGCCAGCCUGGCCCUGGCCAAAGAAGCUCGCCUCACACACACCUUGCAGUCGCCCUGGGAAGUGGCCGCCCAGUGGGUGGGCCCACGCGAGGUGUACCCAGAUGAAACGCCCGAGCUAGCCGCCGUGCUGAACUCCCUGUCCACCGCUCAUGUGGAGAGGGCUGACGUGGGCUAUAAAGGCACCCAGCUGAAAGCCCUGCUGGUGCUCGAUGGAGGACAGAAAGUGGUAUUCAAACCCAAGAGGUACACUAGGGAUUAUGUGGUUGAAGGAGAGCCGUACGCAGGGUAUGAUCGGCAUAAUGCAGAAAUCGCUGCUUUCCACUUGGACAGGAUCCUGGGUUUUAGAAGAGCACCCCUUGUGGUGGGGAGGUUUAUGAAUCUGCGUACAGAAAUUAAGCCAAUAGCUACAGAUCAGCUGCUGAGCACUUUCCUGAUGCACGGAAAUAAUACAUGUUUCUAUGGAAAGUGUUAUUACUGUCGAGAGACUGAGCCUGCAUGUGCAGAUGGAGAUGUGAUGGAGGGAUCGGUUACCCUGUGGCUCCCUGAUGUCUGGCCCUUACAGAAACACAGACACCCAUGGGGACGGACAUACCGAGAGGGCAAACUCGCCAGGUGGGAGUAUGAUGAGAGCUACUGCGAGGCUGUGAAGAAAAUGCCUCCUUACGAUUCUGGUCCACGGCUCCUGGACGUUAUCGACACAGCCAUCUUUGAUUACCUUAUCGGUAAUGCUGAUCGCCAUCACUAUGAGAGUUUCCAGGACGAUGGAGGAGCCAGUAUGCUCAUCCUUCUGGAUAACGCCAAAAGUUUUGGGAACCCAGCUCUGGACGAGAGGAGUAUUCUUGCUCCUCUUUAUCAGUGUUGCAUGCUCCGGGUUUCCACCUGGAACAGGCUAAACCUGCUGAAAGGUGGAGUGUUGAGUUCAGCGAUGCGACAGGCCACGGCCCACGAUCCCGUGUUUCCGGUGCUGACGGAGCCACAUCUGGCCGCGCUCGACCGCCGUCUCAACGGAGUGCUGGCCACUGUGCGGCAGUGCAUUGAGACGCAGGGCGCCGACAACACACUGAUCGAGGACCGCAUGAACCUGCCUCAUCCUUAAACACACUGGAGAAACAAGGGAAGUGAAGAUGUGUUUGACUCUUAACGCACAGGCUCCUUUCGCCUUCCUGUUAUGGAGCCAGAGAACCAGAGGCCACAAGAAGCCUUAAGAGCCGGCCUGGUGGAGUUUGUUUUUCACUGGAUUCAUUCAAGUCCGAGACCGUGAAGACUCUCCAUAUUGUUUUUUCUUGCUCUCUGGAUGGAGUAAGGAGGCUUUGACAACAUGUAGGUAGUGUAAACUUCACCUGUUUCCAGUUAUUGGAUUUCCUUCUGGUUCACUCUCUUUUUUUUUCUUUUUUUUUCCACCUAAGUAUGGAACUUGGAAUGAGAUCUGUGGAGUAAUUAGACUCAGGAAGCUGGAAAGUGACCAAGAUGGAUCCAGAAGACUAUUAACAGACUUUUGGAGAGGAUCUCCCACACUGUAAAUACAGAACAAACUUUUGAAUAAUACGGAGUAAUAAUAUUAUUGAUCUAACGAUUAAAUGAAUCAUGGUACACACAUUUUGUUCUGUAUCCAGGCAGGACUGUGCAAAUAAUCGAAUGUGAUUUUCAUGCGCAUCUGGUCCGUAAAGCCGGUUCUGUGAUUAGUAGUAAAUCUCCAGUGCGUGCUUUCAGAUGGAGCGGCGUUUACUACACAAAGCCGUAGUUCACUGACAAGCUACUGUACGCAAUAUCGCGUUCAAAAUUGCAUUUGAUUAUUUUCACAGCGCUAUAUCCAGGAUGAAUACAGUGUUGUACAGAGCUGGACGGCUGUUGCUACUGAUGUUCAGAGAAGAUGAUUUAGACGACAGCAUUGUAAGAUUGCUGUGAGACAUUUUCAACAUUAAAAAAAAUAAUAUUUAAACUUA